GUAACUAUUCAUCAAACAACAUGGAUGUUGCAUUUUUCUAAUUCAUAAUUUAUUGAUUAGUUAUGCAAUUUGAACAAUUGUGAAAAAAGGAGUGAUUCUGAGUAAUUCCUUGUUCCCCAUAGUUGGGUUGAGAUGAGAGGCUCUAGUUUGUAUGAGAAAAAGAAUCAUAUUUGUCUUUUACAUAUUGAAAGGUACUUGGGGACCAAUAGAAAAUUUGUCACUCAAAUUUUGUCAACAAAUGUAAGAUUCCUCUUUAUAGAUCCCACUAGUGGGCUUUGCUUACCCUAAACUCUCACCCUCCCCACUGAUUCAUCUAAGCCAUGGCUCCCCCAACUCCAAGAUUGGUUGUGCCAAUAGACUUGAAGAAGAAGCCAUGGGAACAAAAGGCAGCUCUCCAUAAUCGUUGGCAUCCAGAGAUACCUCCAGUCGUAGAGGUUAAAGUUGGUAAAAUGUUUAGAGUAGAGAUGGUGGACUGGACUGGAGGUGUCAUCCAAGAUGAUGAUUCUGCAAUUGAUGUUAAGGCCAUUGACCUUUCCACAGUGCAUUAUCUCAGUGGGCCGAUCAAAGUUGUGGACAAGGAUGGAAUUCCGGCCAAGGCAGGAGAUCUUCUUGCGGUAGAAAUUUGCAACCUGGGUCCUCUUCCAGGAGAUGAAUGGGGCUACACAGCAACGUUUGAUAGAGAAAAUGGAGGCGGAUUUUUAACUGAUCAUUUCCCUAGUGCAACCAAAGCAAUUUGGUAUUUUGAAGGAAUUUACGCCUACUCUCCACAAAUACCUGGGGUACGAUUCCCAGGUUUAACUCACCCUGGAAUUAUUGGAACUGCGCCAUCAAUGGAACUCCUCAAGAUAUGGAAUGAUAGGGAGCGAGAACUGGAAGAAAAUGGCCUCCAAUCACUGAAACUCUGUGAGGUCUUGCAUUCACGGCCAUUGGCAAACUUACCAUCAACCAAAGGCUGUCUUCUUGGAAAAAUUAAACAGGGCACGCCUGAAUGGGAAAAGAUUGCUCGGGAGGCUGCACGGACAAUCCCAGGACGGGAAAAUGGAGGAAACUGUGACAUCAAAAAUCUCAGCAGAGGUUCAAAGAUAUACCUUCCCGUGUUUGUCGAAGGAGCAAAUCUUAGUACUGGUGAUAUGCACUUCUCUCAGGGUGAUGGUGAAGUCUCAUUCUGCGGCGCAAUUGAGAUGAGUGGUUUUCUAGAGCUCAAAUGUGAAAUCAUAAGGGGUGGAAUGAAAGAGUAUCUUACGCCAAUGGGACCAACUCCUCUUCAUGUAAAUCCGAUCUUUGAAAUAGGCCCAGUGGAGCCAAGAUUCUCAGAAUGGUUGGUGUUUGAGGGGAUCAGUGUUGAUGAGAGUGGGAGGCAGCACUACCUUGAUGCGACUGUCGCUUACAAACGUGCAGUUCUGAAUGCAAUUGACUACCUCUCUAAAUUUGGCUACUCCAAAGAACAGAUGUACCUUUUGUUAUCAUGCUGCCCAUGCGAAGGAAGGAUCUCCGGAAUAGUUGACUCUCCCAAUGCUGUUGCAACCCUUGCAAUCCCUACGGCUAUAUUUGACCAGGAUAUUCGUCCAAAAUCCAGCAAGGUGCCGGUUGGGCCCCGGCUAGUGAGAAAACCAGAUGUCUUCAAAUGCAGUUAUGAUGGAAAUUUGCCCACCACAAAGAACCCUAGUGCCAGAACAUAACAAGAGCAGCGCCAAAUAUAAGGAAGAGACACUUUGGAUGCAUGAUGUGUAAUAGUAGCUUUGUCAAGAUCCUCUCGAUGAUGGGGAUAGCAUAUAGUAGCUAAAUAAUCUCCGUUUUCUGGUAUGUGUUUGUAAGAAAGCGAAUCUCCCUACUUCUCAAUAAAGAAAGUAAGUGUCACAACUAUUUAUCAA